AAUCCGACUGGGGCACCACCUGGUGUACACACCUGGCAAUUUUACUGUUUACGUUUGGUUGUACUUUAUCAAGGUCAUCAGUUAUAUAAUUUCUAUUUUUGCUUUUUUUAUCUUUUAAAUAUGUUAAACAAAUGUAGGGUGUGUUUAGGUUUUAGCGAGAACAUGAAACAUGUAACACACGGAGAUCCCUUGGCGACAAUGUACACAUCUCUAACGAAGUUUGAGUGGAUUAGGGAUGAAAACAUCGCGUCUAGUUUGUGCCCCGAAUGCGAAACCACUCUGGAAAAGUGUCACACUUUUUUGGAAAAAUGCAAAAAAAGCCAUGCGAUUUUAUUGAAAGAAAUUGAAGAAAAAAGUGAAAUUAAAGAAGAAGAGAACGAUUUUGAUGAUGAGAGUGAAAGUGAGGGCAAAAACAAAUCACACCUCGAACAAAUUUCGGUGGAAGAGGUCGAAAAAGCGAUUUUCGAGUACCAGGAGAGACAGAAAGGGGGCACUUAUACGUGCAUUGUUUGCAACUAUGUCUUAAUCUCGCUUAGGGCUCUUUCAGGCCACAUGUCAAUGAAACACAAAGAUGUGCGCGCUAAUUGGUGUCAUAUCUGUAACCAAACAUUUGACAAUUUGGCGGAACAUAACCAUAGACUACUUGAAUCGUGUCCAUUUUGUGAGAAAACAAUUGCAAAAAAAUAUUUCGUAGAGCACUUGAAAGCACACGCUGGGAUUAGAACGAUUCAGUGUUGUUUUUGUACCAAUAAAUUUGCCACAUAUUCAGCCUUGCAGUGGCAUUAUAGCACAAAACACUCGGAUGAAAUGAAAAAUGACAUAGCCACAACUAAGCGAAAAUUUUGCCAAAUAUGUAAUAAAAGAGUGAGAAGUCUCCCGAGACAUAACAGCCAAUUACACGAAAAAACCAGUGCCCCCAAAACCCACAUUUGUCAUUUUUGUACAAAAGAAUUAAAGACUGAAUCAGGGCUGAAAACCCACUUGAAACUGCACAAAUCGGACGGCCGCCAUACAUGUAGCUACUGUGGGAAGCCCCACAGAGACAGGGCUACUAUGAUCCAACACGAGCGGACACAUACGGGCGAAAAACCGUUCAUUUGUUCCGUGUGCGGAAAAGGUUUUGCCCAAAGCAGUGGCUUAAACACCCACAUGAAGUUGCAUACAGGGCGUCCAGAGGCGUGCCAUAUUUGCGAGAAGCGAUUUUGUAGGCCGUCAGAGCUUAAGUUACAUUUGCGAAAACAUGCAGGCGAAAAGCCGUUUUUGUGCACCGAGUGCGGUAAAGCGUUCAAGCAGAAGAGCCAUCUGACGGAACAUAUGAAUGCUGCGCAUAGUGACGUCAGGCCUUUUGAAUGUCAUUACUGUCACAAGGCGUUUAAGUUAAAAUCGUUGCUAACUUCGCAUCUACAAAGGCAUUCUGGUUAUAAACCGUUUCAGUGUGAGUCGUGCUCUUAUGCCUGUUUUACACAAUACAGAUUGCAACAACACAUGAAGCAACAUAACAAGGAAGUAAAAAGAGAAAUAGGAUAUGUGUGUCCAGUGUGUGAGAAGGGCUUUAGCAGCCAAGCCAUGUUUAAUACGCAUGUGACGUCAGCACAUAACGCCAUAUUGUAAUAUAAUAAGAUAUAUUUUUGUAUUUAAACAAAUAAACCUUGAAAAUAA